UUAUAUAGAUUACUGCAGAAUGUUGCAGUCAUAUUUCGACGCUCAAACAGUUCGCACAAUUUGCGGAAAAAUGUUGCGAUUUACUUUCAUUCUUUUGUUACAUUCCAGAUUAAUUUUCCAUAUCGGAUUUGGUCUCAAGCCGGAUGAUGAUACAAGUAAAGUGUGCGAUUGUCAUUGUAAUUGUGAUGUGAAAAUAGAAGUCGUUAACGAUGAUUUCGAUGAAGAUGUGGGAAUUAGCGAAAAUAAAAUUGACACUAAAACGACAAACUUCGAAAAGCAGUUACUUGCGAAUCGAGCAGCGAAACCAUCGAGUUGUAUGGAAGCACCAGAUAAAAGUUUAAAAGGCGGUAUUUACAAAAUCGAAUUAAAAAAUAUUAAUGCCACCGACUUGGAGGUGUUUUGUGAAGAGAGCGUGGAUUUUGGAGGAUGGUUAGUUAUACAACGGCGUCAAAGUGGCUCAGUAGAUUUUAAAAGAGAUUGGCAUGACUAUAAGGAGGGAUUUGGCAACAUAACGGAAAACUUUUGGAUCGGUUUAGAAACACUGCACGCACUCACCAGCGGUUGUGAACAGGAGUUAUAUAUUCAUAUGAAAGCACGCAAUGGUACAGAAUAUUAUGCUAAGUAUUCUCACAUUCUCAUUGGUAACGAAAGAGAGGACUACAUUUUGAAGAAAUUGGGUAAUUAUAGCGGGAGUGCUGGUGAUUGCCUAAGCUAUCAUUUGGGAAUGAAAUUUUCAACGCAAGAUCGUGAUAAUGAUUACUCCAAAGGAAAUUGCGCUGAGUAUUACCACGGCGGUUGGUGGUUUAAAGAUUGCUAUAGGGGUUACUUAAAUGGGCGCUUCGGACAUAAUUUAGGCGGUCUGAACUGGCAUGAUAUUGAAAAAGAUGUGUCUCUGGUGUUUGCGCAAAUUAUGAUACGACCCAGCAGCAUUUGCUGGAGGAAGUUAAUGUUGGGCAAUGGAUAUCAACAGGUUUAAGAAAAUAUUGCAUAUCAGUUGGUUGUAUUUUAAAUGAGCAUCUGUAGAAUCAUGUGAAGUAGUUUGCAAAUACACUUAUAUACAAAUUACUAAAGUGAAGCUGAAAAAAUAGUUAUU